AUGACAAUCACCCUACAAGAUGUGGAGGUAAUUUUCGGACUUCCCAUAGAUGGUGACGUCUUGGUUGGGCCGACUGCUGUGGUGGAUGAUGGGGGUUGGAGGCAAUUGUGUACGGAGUUGCUGGGUUUUAGUCCGCCGAAUGACAAUAAAACAUUGGUGGGGCAAAGAAUUCUCAUCAGCCGACUUGUUGAGGCCGUUGCAGCGCCAUUGCCACAUGACGCAACGGAGAUGCAGAUACACCGGUAUACCCGGUGCUAUAUUUUAGCGCUAAUAGGGGACAAACUUUUCAUGGACAAGUCAGGAGAUAGGGUGCAUUUGAUGUUCCUGGACUUCAUGUGUAACCUUCGUGAUCCGCCACAAUAUAGUUGGGGUAGUGGUUGCCUGGCCUGGUUAUAUAGGGAGUUGUGUCAGGCAAGCGAGAAAGGGGCAUCGCAGAUUGGUGGGGCGUGCACCUUGGUCCAGUAUUGGGCAUGGGCAAGGUUGCCAUUCUUGUGCCCGAGGAUAGAGCCCCCACCUGGAUGUGAUUAUGGCCCAUGGCCAUAUGCUCCACUUGCAUUUAAGUGGGUGCGGGUGCCAAGCCCGAAGAGUAGGCCAUCCGGCAUGGCCUUGGUCCACUAUCGCGAGCUAUUAGUUACAAUGCAGCCAGAGCAGAUUGUGUGGCAGCCAUACGAGGCACACUUCGGCCACCUUCCUGAGUUCUGCGUUGCAGGGAGGGAUACGUGGACAGCAAGGGUGCCGCUUGCUGCAUAA